CACCGCAACUUUUUAACAAGCGUAAAUAAACGAUCGUGUGGAUUCCUCUACUUGAACCUGCCAAACGACCUCCGUUUCAUGAUGAUCUUUUUUUCUUGCUAUCUUUUUAGUAGCUUCUGCCGCUUAAAAAUAUGAUCUUUUCCAAUUUUAUGACUAAGUUUAUGAUGGGCAUUCGUGUGAUUAUCUGAAAUUCUCGACCAAAGCCAAAGUGUAACUGCUGUUGCUGUUUAUUACAGAUUACUGCAGUCGCGAAGUUAUGCUAUAUUUGAUGAUUUGAGUUGGAGCUGUUGAAUGUUAGAUGAACCAUGGGAUCGCGGCCUGAUGGCUGAUUUCGGGCCACCUGUUCCGUGAAACCACUGUGUUUGUUUAUGCUGCUGAUUGGCCUCGGGGCAGCAUCAUGUCGUUUCUCAGUAAUUUCAAGAAGAUCUUCCACAUUAAAGGAUUGGCUGAGGAUAAUAAAAAACCAGUACACAAUAAUAUUAUCCGCGAUGUCGAUCCUGAAGAAGUGUGGAAUUUGGUGGGGGUUCUUGGAGAUGGUGCAUUUGGGAAAGUGUACAAGGCGGAAAACAAAACCACCAGAGCCCUCGCCGCGGCCAAAGUGUGCGAAUUAAAGGAUGAAGAUGAGCUGGAUGAUUUCGUGACGGAAAUCGAUAUUCUGAGCGCAUGCAGGCAUGAUAACAUCGUGGCUUUAUACGAAGCCUUCUUUUUCGGCGGAAAGCUUUGGAUGCUGAUCGAAUUCUGCGGCGCAGGCGCCGUCGAUCAGAUCAUGACGGAGCUAGAGAAACCCUUAACCGAGCCACAAAUCCGUUUUGUCGCCCAUGAAACCUGUGUGGCUCUGGAGUAUCUGCAUUCCAAGCAUGUUAUUCAUCGUGAUCUGAAAGCGGGCAACAUUCUCCUGACAAUGGAGGGCCAAGUUAAACUCGCUGACUUUGGGGUGUCUGCUAAAAACAAGCAUACGGCACAGAAGAGGGAUUCCUUUAUCGGAACGCCGUAUUGGAUGGCACCGGAAAUUAUGCGUUGUGAGACGUUUCGCGACAUGCCGUAUGAUUACAAAGCGGAUCUUUGGAGUUUCGGGAUCACGCUGAUUGAAAUGGCCGAAAUGGACCCGCCAAACCAUGAGCUGAGUCCCAUGCGGGUUCUCAUUCGCAUUCAGAAAUCAGAUCCGCCUAAAUUGAAACACCAGGAUAAGUGGUCUGGCGAAUUCUCCGAUAUUUUGCGCUACUGUCUGGUCAAAGAUCCGGAGCAGCGACCCACUGCCGCAGAUGUUCUCCGGCAUCCCUUUCUGGCCAAAGAGAAAAACAACGCCGGUGUACGGGCUUUGAUUAGCGAGGCUAAGGCUGAAGUGGUGGAAGUUGAAGAGCAAGUAAUUCCUGAUGACGUUAACCCGAUUGACACGACAGCGGUGGAUGCCGUUGUCCAGCCUACUGAAAGUAUUGUGGCAAAUGGACUGGCUAUUGCGGAGGAACCGGAUCAGCCGGUUAUCGCCACGGCUACCUAUGCCGUUGUACUGAAAAAGAGCGACCGAGAACACCACAAGAAGCCCGCACCUCCUCGACCUACUGCGGAAGCGAAAACGCCGACGGAAACGAAAGUUUUCCCGGCAGAAAACAUAUACGAAGAAGUCGUGGAGAGGAAAUCGCCAACGGAGAAUACUGUGCUACCGUUGAACGUUGAGCCCCCACCAGCGGACCUGGUGGAAGAGUUAGUUAGAACGUCGCCCGACGAAACUGCUACGCCCGUAAACUUCAGCCCGGUGAACGAAAAUCAGUCUUCCUUAUCGGAUGUGGUUGCUACGUCUUCCUCAGUUGAACACGUGCCUUCUGCUCCUUCCCCUCCCCUUCCCAGCAGUGAAACAAUGGAGACGCACACUUUUGUUCGUCAUGAUGCGCCGGCGCAGGACAUCGUAUCGGUGCAGUGCGUGUCGGUAGCCAGUGACGGCGUUGUUGACGAAUUACCGGUGACCCGAGCGGAAUCCGCUGCGUCGGAUGCUUUGCAGCAGGUUGUAGAGGCGGUCAUUCCCCAGGAGGAGCAUGUCACCCAGGUGGUGAUUGCGUAUGAUCGAGAUAAUACACCUGCAGCGAUAGUGGUCACUGGACAUCGGCCAGCGGAAGAGAUGAACGGUUGGCUACAUCCGGAAGAUGAGCCGGAACUAGUUGAGUUGUCUCGACCAGGAGAGUUACUUACGGAGCAGCUGGCGCGGCACAACGAACACACCGGUGAUCAUCCCGAUGAACUGAUUCGAAAUAUGGACUCCGUUGAACCUCCCGUGAUCACUCCGGACGAUGUGGAGGUGGCGUUUACGAAAGCCGAAUCGGCUGGGACAUCGCCUGUUGUAUUUAAGAGACCGAUCAGUCCUGCAGAACCGGCUGGUGUGAUUCGCGGGGAAAGUGGUGAUGCUGCGGUACAGCAGCAGCAACAGUCGCCGCCGUUGACGCGAGCCGAUCAGUGUGUUGAGCAUGUGGAUGUUGUGGUGAUGGACAAGAGUUCAGCAUCAUCUCCCAUUGUUAAUGGAGCCUUCGUCCAGCCGACACUCCGGGCUGGGGUGAUUCGGCGGGAGAAUCGGCCUUCGCCGUCUUCCAGUAAUGCCAGCAGCGAGCGUGGUCACAGUCUGAAUAUUUCCGAUCGGGAAACAGUGUCGGUGGUCAGCUCAUCACCGGUGCCGUUUGAUGAUGGACCGUCGUCACAGGAUAACAUCAACUAUGUGGAUCCGAGUGAGACGAGCAGUGUAGCCACGGAGGACAGUUUUAGUGAUAAGGAGAACAAAGCGCGCAAGGUUGUCAAUGAGCCGGCUGUUGUUAUGCGGCGGAAACGGCAGGGCGAAGCCAGCGCGGAGAAUCAGCGUCAGCGACGCACACUCAAGAAGACCCGUAAAUUCGUCAUUGAUGGCGUCGUGGUUACGACAACGUCCACCAAAGUGAUUGAUCCCAAUGAGGAAAACCGCCAUAAAGAAGAUCUGCAACUACGGAAAGAAGAAUUACGCGAAUUGAAAUUAUUACAAAAGCAAGAAAUGAAGGCUUUCCAAGAUUUGGCCACGAAGGCACAAAAUACCAAAGAACAGCAGGAGAGACGCUUUGAGGCUGAUAUUCAGGUAUUGAUUCGUAAUUACGAGAACGACCUCGACCAACUUCUGAAGCAACAAAAGCAGCGAUUGGAACGUGAAGAACAACUGCAGGACGCUGAUCUACGAGCGGCAACAAAAAAACUCAGCGCUGAUCAUGAAAAGGAGCUCAAAGCGUUCAGAGAAGCACUAAAACAAGAGCAAAAGCUACUGAAACACGAGUGCGAAGUGAAUAUACCGAAAGCUGAACGGAAAGAAGUUUAUAAAGCGCGAAAAGAGAAGCUUGAUCAGGAGCAGACGGCCAAGGAAGAGCAUUUUAUAUCAUCGCUGAAUGACGCCAUGACGCAUAUGAUUGGACGCAUGAAGGAACAGUAUCAUGAGAAGAUUGCCAUGAUGGAGAAACAGUUUUUGCAGCAAAAGCAGCAGUUAAUACGUUCCCGUGAAGCAGACAUCUGGGAGCGCGAGGAGCGUCAUUACAUGGAACGGCAUCAGUUGGCCAAACGCCAGAUGAAGGAUAUAUUCUUCCUUCAGCGUUGUCAAAUGCUGCUGCGGUUUGAGAAAGAGCGGGACCAAAUUAAAAGGAUCAACGAAAUGCGCGAACAAGAACUGGUUAAACAGUUGACGGCUGAAAAGAAGUUGCUGCCGAAGCGGAUUCGAAAUGAGAUGAAAACGAGGGAACUCAUGUACAGGGAAAGCUUACGCAUAACGCACAUAUCGGCUGAUCAGGAGAAGGAGAAAGUCCGAUGGUUUCAAGAGCAAGAAAAGAAGCGCUACAAAGCGGAACAAGUACGGCAGGAGCAGAAGCAUUCCAACCGCGUUGAAGAGCUGCGCGCGGCUGCCGAAGCGAAUCUGCGGGAAUUAGAACAGAUCCAAAACGAAAAACGGAAAGUCCUCAUGGAUACAGAAAAUGUUAAACUGAGGGCGCUCGAAGUGGACCAUUCCGAGAGCCUGCAACGGUGGAAAAACGAUUUAAUACUCCGGAAGCAGAAACUAGAAGAAGACUUCGUAAAGCAAGCGGAAGAGCGUGAGCGCUUCUACAGCACGACCUUCCUGCGCAACGGCGACGGUGAUUAUGGUAAUUCUCCUACUGAAAGCUCAACGGAUGUCGACUCAGCCGAGAUAUCGUCCUCGUAUUCCCGUUCAAGUAGAACGUGAUCCAUGGAGGAUGCAAACGAUUUUCCCCGUGACAUGGCAGGAUUUCCUUGUUUGAUCGCGACACAUGGUAGCUGUCGGUGUUUUUUUAUCUUUUUUAUUCUUCUGGUGGUAUUAAUGUUGUCCACUGCGUUUCUGGCAAUAUUUGGUUAAUUCAUUUUAGGCACGCAUUCCCGUGCGGUGUCUCUGCUGUCUUCCGGCCGCGCAUGCUGCAUGUUGUGCUUCUUUAAUGUGUAGAUAUACUGUACCUAGGCGGACGUUUUUACAAGAUGAUUUAACGGGCGUUUGUGUGGAGUGGUUUCCUUAUUGUUGUUUUUGCUGGUGCGCGUUAAUUCUGGUGAUAA